AUGUUGUCAUUGGCUACUUUUGUUUUUAUCAUUGUGUGCCAAUGUCAGAGACUAACCACCAACUGUUGGCAAGAGCACAUAGAAACAUCAAUCCGACCGUUAGUGUGGAGUGAUAUCAACUUUUUGGCAACGACUGAUACCCAUGCGUGGUACUCAGGCCACAAGAAUCAAUUUACAUACAAUGGAGAUUGGGGAGACUUUGUUAAUUUUGUUCACACCGCCAAAAUUCAAGCCGCUGAACGUGGGCAAGAUCUUCUUGUCGUGGAUCUGGGCGACCGCCAUGAUGGUAGUGGAUUGCUGGAUCUUCUGGUCCCCAAUGGGAUUAAUUCUACCGCAGUAUUCAUUCACCAAGACUAUGAUAUAAUCACGCUUGGUAACCAUGAACUCUAUGAGUGGGAGAACCUGAAAAUGGAAUACGACACCGUGGCUCCUCGCUACGAAGGUUAUGUGUGCUCCAAUGUCGAAUUCCGAGACAACCACAAAUGGAAACAAAUUGGACGUCGAUACAAAUUCUUUGAGACACCAGUGAAUAAAUUCAAGGUUCUUUCGUUUGGUUUUUUGUUUGAUUUCAAGCGAUUUAAUGAAGGUACGAGGGUGACGCCCAUCAAGGAGGUUGUGGAUAGUGAAGGUUGGUUCGAUGAAGUGUUACGAAGCCAUAAACCAGACAUUAUUGUGGUGGCUGGGCAUUUGCCAAUUCUGCAUGAUUGGGAGGAGUUGCAUUACCUUCAUAAGCAUAUCAGGAAAUAUCAUGAAACCAUUCCUAUUCAAUACUUCGGUGGCCAUAGCCAUAUCAGGGACUUUUCUGUUCUUGAUGCGAGUUCUACAGCACUUCAAGCAGGUCGCUUUUGUGAAACGCUUGGCUUUGCGCUGGUGAAUAUGCUGAAGAAAGGACUCGAUGUACGUGAUCGUUUUCAUCGAAGAUACAUUGAUUUUAACCGGCGUCUGUUUGCCUUUCAUGCGGGAUGCGAUAAUCAUGAGGAGUGUUUGAACCACAAACAUGGCACACAAGUAAAGGAGCUCAUAAAUCUUAUCCGAGAUGAAUUGGGUUUGAAUGAGAUUCUUGGGAAAGUUAAGACAUCCAAUUUUUACGUCGAUUACGUUCCUUUAAACCAUCCAAAGAGCUUGUUCAAAUUGAUGACUGAAAAAGUUCUCAAAGCUCUUCCAGGCGAUCCCAAUCGCAUUAUUAUUAUCAACACUGGGCUGAUUAGAUAUGACUUAUACCGCGGAGAUUACACUCUAGACACCCAAUUUAUUAUUCUGCCCUUUUUGAACGAUUGGAUGUCAGUACGUUUGCCGAAACAUAUCGCAUUAAAAGUGGCACCGAAACUCAACGAGCAAGAUUAUAUUGCACUAAAGACAACUUCCAAUCACUUUUUGAAACCACCACACCAAUGGUUCGCCAAACGUGUCGAUCACCAAAAACUUUAUGACGCUCAGCAUGUUUUACUGUCGACUUUUGGCAAACCAAAUCGCUUAUCGAAAGGGUAUGUAACGACCGAUGAUUUUGGAAGUGAUGGCGAUGACACUCCACAUAGGGCUGUUGUCAAUUUCCCCAUUCCGAAUGUUGUUCAACUGACUCAAUUGGAUACGGAAGCUGAAGAGAUAGACCUUGUGUUUUACUCUUUCUUAGUGCCGAAUAUAAAACACGCCCUUAAUGAUUUGGGUGUUGCCGAGUUCGACCCUGAGUUUUAUUCAAAUGUUCAUUUGGGAUCGCUUCUUACGGACUACGUCAGGGAUGGUAAUCUAGAGUAG